AUGCAUCCGGUUCCAACUGAUGAAGCUAUGCUACCUAUGAUUGAUGGGUUGAUCGAUGGCUUGAUUUCGGGUCCUUUUGUUGAUGGCAUAAGCAAGCAAUGCAACAAUGUAUCUCUCCAUGUAGUUUGUGGCCAGGUUUUAACUGAGAGCCGAUAUUGUUUUUAUCAGUUGCUCUGGCUGCUCGGCACACAAUUGCAGAGCCGGGCAUGGAUAAACGGCACCGCUAGUCCUGACUCGCCCUUGAAAACGGCGUGGCGUCGCAUGGGUCGCACUUGGGUCGAGUGUCUUAGCGCCAAAAAGUUGGCAGUGUGUAGCUACAGCGCAGGUACCGCUUCAGUACCAGGCAAGCAGGUACAUUACCCUUACCUCUCAAGCGGUAGUUGCCUCAUCCUGGACUGGGGCUGCUACUGCUACCACGUUACAGCAUGAAAUCCACCCAUGUUAUUCCGUACGAAGGCGGUCAAGCUUUCUUUGCCUGCUCUGUCCUUACUUACCCAAGGUACCAACUACUGGUAAAUUGAAUACCUUAUUUUGAUUAUUGAUACACAGGUAAUUACUUGCCUACCUAACUUACAUACCUACUUACCUUAACCUACCGUAAGGUCUUGAGUGACAUUCAAGUCCGAACCGCAGUCUCAAUUGACUGAUUUUAUGUGCUCGUCAAGGCUCGAGGCUGGGUCACGUCUGAAACUGUCCGACUCGCCGGCCAUACACUUACUUAUCCUUACUCACUCUCGUCAUUCUUGACUGGACAUGUGUAUUCGCACCUGAUCUCACGCUCGCCAUAUCUCUCACAUGCCCGACUUAUGCAGAGACAGUUUGCUUUCUCCGUUCAACAGGGCUGACUGCGAAAAGUAGCGCUUGGCGUAUGCACACAUUGGCCAGUCUGAUCGCACACAUGCUGACUGAUUGCACCGAAAUGGAACCACUUUUUAGCACAGACAAAGCCUCCUAACCUGCUAAUUUUGCCCGUAUAUUCCUUUUGCUUCUUUGGCUUCUUCUUUCUUGUUCUAGAUAAUUACUUAAUUCGGUAUCUUUUUCAUCCUCGUCCUG